AUGUCGGGACAUUUUAUCAACAACCCCGAUGUUAUACUACCCGUGCCCCCGCCGAGCAAUGCCGCUCCCAUCCUUGACCAACCACUUAACACUACAAAGGCGACUACUAACGAGUCGGUUGUCAAUGGUCAAGAUGGGAGGGAGCUAGUCGACAUAGACGACUAUAGGCACGCCGAUGGGAAGUUCCGUGCCAUCGUCAAGCUAUUUCUUCUCUACGAAGGGCAGAUUAGUGGCACUGUAACGGAGGACGAAGCCGCCUGGGCCAUAGCUACCGGUUGGCUUGUCAAGGGAGACAUCGUCGUCACGGCUGGCCAUUGUGCCUUUGACCAUUCUCACGGCCUCGGUCGGCUCAUCAAAGUGAAAGCCUAUGUCGGCUACAAUGGCAGAGAGAAGGUCAAUUCGGAAGGGGUCGAGUUCCGCCACGGCGUGGCCGUCGCUACGACUGAGAAAUGGUUCAAUUCCGAGAGUGGACAUGGGCCUGCAGACGUCUCGUUCAUAAAACUCUCGGCACCGUUUACUACCGUUGGCAAAUUCUUCACCUGGAAACAGACGCCAAUAUCACAAAAGGGUGCCAACCUGGGAGUUGUAGGUUACCCGGGGGACAUUGCAAACGACAAGGGAGAGAGGGGCGCCAUGAUGUACAAGAUGUUUAAGAAGACGGACUACGAACUGCAUGGUUCGUACAUGAACAUGUUGCAAUAUAAAAUCGAUACGAAUGGUGGAAACUCCGGAUCACCUGUGUUGACGGACCAGGACCCUCAUAUCGCGAUCGGAGUGCAUGUUCUCGGUGGCUACAGCUACAACUCGGCCUCUGUGAUCAACGGGCCCUACGGGAACCGAUUCAAGGCAUAUUACGAUGUAGCUGAUGCACUUGGUGGCGCGAGCAGGCCUCUAGACUCGAGUCGGCCGGACAAAGAUAAGAGGCCGUGGCUCUGGACGUGCCAUGCGACAACUACCGAAACCCCCGAGGGCGAUCCGGUGCAAGUUGAGCUCAUGAAAACUAUCAAGUUCGCGCAGAGCGUACACGCAAAGAUAGAGGACACGGUUAUAGAUGCCGACGAGCCCAUCUCGUUCGGCCCCGACGCCGGGCCCCAAAUGGGCAUUCUAGCCUCUGCAGCUAUCGCAGCGGCUGGGAGGCUCGCGGCCGACGGUGCGGGCGGAUCCAGCGUCGAGGCGCUGGCCAACACUCGCCCUUAUGACGGCGUCCUCGGCCGCGCAAUCCUCGCAGAGGCCGCCCUGGGAUGCUUCUUUGAAAUGCCGCAGAAAGACCAGGAUAAGUUCACAGAGUUCCUGGGCCCGAUCGUGGCCUCCCUCAAGCCGUUCGUUAUGGGGGUGGCACCCAAGCUCCUCAAGGGGACAUUGGAGCCCAGCAUGAGACUGCUGCUGUCCAACGUGUCGCCGGGUGUCAGCACGAAGCGCAAACGCACCGGGCGCUCCACCGAGGCCGAGAAGGACACCGGGUUCGGGCGCAAAUUGACCGAGCAGGAAUCUGCGUUCCUGAACGGGCUGAUGGACCAGGUAGACGAUCCUACGGUGGAAUCGUUCUUCGGAACUCUAACUACUAUCGGAGACGUCAUCGGGAGCGCCUUGAAGAAGGCUGGCCCGAUUCUCAAGGACGUAGCCAAGAUCGGCCUACCACUGCUUCUAGGCACGGAAGCCGGAGGACUGCCCCCACUGCCGACUCACCUCGACCCUCUGGCACACAGGGCCAUUCUCGCAGAGGCCUGCUUGGAGGGGUUUAUCAACAUGCCCCAAGGGAAGAGGAUUUUCAAAAACAUAAUCGACAAGGUGAAAGUCCUGGGACCUAAGCUGAUGAACGCAACUCCGUUCAUGGUCAAGUAUAUCGGCCCAGUUGUGGCGGAUAUGCUCCGCGAGAUCAAGGAGAAGGAGGAAGCCAAGGCGAAGUCCUAGGGCGUACAGAAUCAGUGAACUCAAGCUUGGAAAGGGUGGCAGGUAAAGGGAACGAUAGGUAAGUAAGUAGUGGUAGGCUAGGAGACUGCCAUUGCGGAAAAGGGGGCGGAUUUGGCACGUCGGAUUGUUU